ACCGUAUAGAAUUUAUUAAUAAAGCCUUGUGGUCUGUGGAUCUGAAAAAUGUCAUUAUUAUUAUAUUAUCGUAAAUUUGUAAAUACACUAAUGAGUCGGUCACUUUUGUCAUAUUAUGUGUUUCUGCUUGAUUGACCAGUAUGCAUUUAAUGUGAUCGGUCUAUAAAAAAUGUUGUAGCGAUAGAACGAUCACAUAAAAUAGAACAGUCAAUGUCUAAAACAUAUUUAGCAAAAGCAUGUAGUAUGGCGUCCAAUCUUAAAGUUAUUUAAUCUUAAAUGUUGUUCUACUCGUUUUUUAAAUCACUUGUUGGGAAAGAUGUUGUCGUUGAAUUAAAAAAUGAUCUUAGUAUAUGUGGAACGUUACAUUCCGUGGAUCAAUAUUUGAAUAUCAAACUCAUUGACAUUAGUGUAACUGAUCCUGAAAAAUACCCACAUAUGGCUUCUGUAAGGAACUGUUUCAUUAGAGGUUCAGUGGUUCGUUAUGUACAAUUACCAGCAGAUGAAGUUGAUACACAGUUGUUACAAGAUGCUGCACGUAAAGAAGCAACAGUCACUCGCUAAUAUAUUUUACAUUUAAUUACAAUUAAGGACAUUUUUAUUUAAAAACUAAUAUAAAAAUAAUUAUGUAAUA